AUGAAUGACGUUCGUGGGGUACCCAGAGAGGGUGGCAAGCGGUUCUCCGUUGAGCUUGAGGCUGCCGGACGCAAAACAGGUCUGGAAUUCGAGUUUUUUGGUGCGCGAGAUUACGCACUUACCUCUUCACCCCUCUCCACGAUUAUUUUCUUUUAA